CAACGACUCGCUUGGCUGGUAUUUAUAGUCAUAUAGACGAAUCUUCUGCCCAUCAGCUCUAUUCUUAGCAUUCUUUAUCCUCUCUGACCUCUUGUUUGAGAGGCUGCCACUCGUUACAUUUCCGUCACUUAUUACGCGCUAUGCAUUCAAAGAAGCUUUUGUCCUUGGCCUUAAGCCUUUUCGUGGCGGAGUCGGUCGUUGCUGGCCCGUGCAAACCGAAAACAACAACCUCUGCCACUUCUGUGGCAUCAACUACGCUCGCUACAUCCACGACCACGACCCUCCCUGUGUCCUCCACGACGGACACUAUCGUGGCAACUAUCGUCACCAGCGACACCGAGACUGAGGCUCCUACUACGCUUCUGACCACCACUACCGGUGUGUCUGUAGCUGACACUACCACCACUGAAGAGGGAACGACCACGGCUGACGAGACUACCACGACCGUUGGUGAGACAACAGCUACCACUGAGACUGGAACUACGACCGCGGACACAACGACCACAGAGGCUCAGACAGCGACCAUCACAGAGGCCGAGACUACUACUGCAGAGGCCACAACUACAACCGCCGCAGAGCCCGUCUGUGCCCAAACUCUAGUCCUAGCUAAUCCCACUCCGAUCAUUACCGACCCACUGGUCGACUCGGAUGAUGGAAACCAAGGCUUCACAGCACCUUUCCCAAUCGGGGUAUUUGGAGCUUCUUCGACAUAUGUUUUUGUGUCUCCGAACGGCCUUUUGUCCUUAGAUACAGGCUCUUCGACUUACAACAACAACCCACUACCUCGUACAAAUAUCCCGGCUGUUAGCAUCCUCCCCUACUGGGACGAUCAGUACUUCCGCAGAGAUACCUGCAACACGGGAAUUUUCUAUGACGUCUACGAGACUGGCCGAGGCCAGACGCUCACUGUAGAAUGGCAAGUUGGUAGCAAUGCCGACACUGGAUUCAAUGAGCACUAUACGGCCAGUUUCUUUGAAGAUUACCCCGGCUUGGUCAGAUUUGAGUACUAUACGACAACCAGGCAUGGCGGAAGCGCAACUAUUGGCGUUCAGAAUGGGCAGGAGUUCUCUCAAUACUCUUACAACGAACUAUACGCGGUUCCUGAUCGGUUCUACGUCGAGAUUGACACAAGCAGUGGAGUUGGCGUCAUCGACAGCGGUCCACUGUAAGGUGCUUGGACGACGGUAUCAUAAAUAUUGAGACGAAUUGCUUCUGGAAAUAUGCUGUGUAGUUGAGUUCAAUUCUCAAUUGUAUUAAUACUUAUCACUUCCAGCUCAAGGGAGCACGCAAAUGAUGUCUCUGGCGUCUUCCUAGGGCUUACGCCGAAACAUACUUGUUCAAGUGAUUUUAGUUGAGUUUGUUCCGAUCAGGUCACUUAUGAUAAGGAGGGCUCUUUGUUGUGAAAUUCUGUUCAAGUAUGACUAUGCCCCGCCUUUGAUCCUUUGAAAAGGCCUCACGUCAAGGAGACAUCAUAUUGACGUGACCCCCUGCAAACAAAGCUCCGAGCCCAGGAAGACCUGACUCGCCAAUUGAGCUGACAUUUCGCGUGGCCAUGAUGACGUGGGUUUGCUUGAUGCAGCAACAGGCCUAGAUUGAUCUUUCAAACACUAAAGCAGAGGAUAUCACCAUGCUUGUUAACCUUGCGAUCGAUUAAUCAUCAGUAUAAAUAAUAGACUAUAAUUCAUG